CAGUUGCACUUGCAGUUGCAGUUGCAGUUGCUCUCCCAUUUGGCUGCUAAAGUCAUUCAAUUUCGUCGGCUAAUACCCUUGACUGCACGUACCGCAGUGGCUGACCGUGCUGUGUGUGCCACUAAAUCCUUGAUCCCAGAUAUCCUGCGUCUCACGUGCUUCCGCAGCUUAGCGCUACUUUGGACUUGAACGGCGUUGUCACGUUGCAACUUGACCAGCAGCAGCAGCAGCAGCUGUACAGCGGCAUCAUGUCCCUGCGUGCCACCAUUAACAUUUUCUACAUUUUACUGCUUUGCUCUGUGAUGGGGCGUGGCAGCUGGGCAGCCGAGCUGCGACGCGAUGAAACGUACCCGCCGCCGGAGAUGCUGAAGGAGUUGCAGCCCGUGCAUGACAGCUGUGUGGGCAAGACAGGAGUGACAGAAGCGGCAAUUAAGGAGUUCAGCGACGGGGAGGUGCACGAGGACGAGAAGCUCAAGUGCUACAUGUACUGUGUGUUUGAUGAGACCGAUGUGCUGCACGAGGAUGGCGAGGUGCAUCUGGAGAAGCUGCUCGACCGCUUGCCCGACUCGAUGCACGACAUUGCGGUUAACAUGGGCAAGCGUUGUCUCUAUCCCAAGGGCGACACGAAGUGCGAGCGCGCCUUUUGGCUGCAUCGCUGCUGGAAGCAGGCGGAUCCCAAGCAUUAUUUUCUCAUCUAAGCAUUGACGGACGCUGGGCCAACACCACUCUAGAUCCAACAAAGCCCUUUGAUUUAUGUUUACAUUUUAUUCCCUAUAUUUUUCUAUAUACACAU